UUCUUCGCUGCUGGGAUCUUCGUCUUGCAUCCUCGGCUGCAGUUUCUCAUUUUCUCUGAGCGUUUUCAGCCGUCAGUGAUGAAUAUCAACAUCCUGGGUACCAAAGUCCAUGAUGCCUUGGUGGUUUUUGGGGCGCUGUGUGUCCUGGUGCUGUUUGGGUGCGUUGGGGUAAUCUCUUGGGGCGGUUGGAAAAUAAACCAACAGGAUGAAAAACACUCAGAAGACACGACAAAUUUAAAGAGUCUGACUGAAGAGCUGAAGAAUGAAAAUGAAAAAUCACAGAAUGAAACUGAGAAACUCAGCAGCAAAAUGGAGAACCUGAAUGGAAAAUUAAAGGAAGAAACUGAGAACCUGAACCAGACAAUCCAGUUAAUGCAAAAAUUCAACACCUUCCUGUUCGAUAAGUACUGCAACGGCAAAGAGUGUCUGCUGUGUCACAAAGGUUGGAUCUUCUUCAGUGAUUCAUGUUACUUUCUCAGUAGUGAUUCUUUGUCCUGGGAUCAAAGUCGUCGUUUCUGUCAGUUAAAAUCUGCUGAUCUGGUUGUUAUUAAUAAUCAGCAGGAACAGAAAUUCAUUUAUAACAACAUAAAUAACGGAUACUACUGGUUGGGGCUGCAAAGCAAUGGGAACAACUGGGUUUGGAUUGACGGUUAUGUCGACACACUGAGAUGGUCCUGCAUGCUGUCACCAGACCGUAAAGAAACCAUCUGGGUGUUUAGCUUUUCGGAUCCGUCUCCCACUGAACCAGUUCUGGAGUCCAAUGGAUCUCUGAGCCGAGCCAAGAUUUUACUCCAAAAGAGGAAGAGGAGACGUUCUUCGCUGCUGGGAUCUUCGUCUUGCAUCCUCGGCUGCAGUUUUCUCAUUUUCUCUGAGCGUUUUCAGCCGUCAGUGAUGAAUAUCAACAUCCUGGGCGGUUGGAAAAUAAACCAACAGGAUGAAAAACACUCAGAAGACACAACAUAUUUAAAGAGUCUGACUGAUAAGCUGAAGAAUGAAAAUGAAAAAUCACAGAAUGAAACUGAGAAACUCAGCAGCAAAAUGGAGAACCUGAAUGGAAAAUUAAAGGAAGAAACUGAGAACCUGAACCAGACAAUCCAGUUAAUGCAAAAAUUCAACACCUUCCUGUUCAAUAAGUACUGCAACGGCAAAGAGUGUCUGCUGUGUCAUAAAGGUUGGAUCUUCUUCAGUGAUUCAUGUUACUUUCUCAGUAGUGAUUAUUUGUCCUGGGAUCAAAGUCGUGCUUUCUGUCAGUUAAAAUCUGCUGAUCUGGUUGUUAUUAAUAAUCAGCAGGAACAGAAAUUCAUUUAUGGCAACAUAAAUAACCAUAGAUACUGGUUGGGGAUACAGAGUGAUGGGAGCAACUGGUUUUGGAUUGACGGUCGUGUCGACACACUGAUGUACUGGAACUAUAACUAUUACUAUAAUGGUCCAUAUGCAGUGAUGUAUCGAUCGGGAAAUCCCACAGCGAGCUGGGGAACGUCAUAUUCAUCUUCAAGCACACACGCCCCCUCUGUGAGCUGA